AUGGCAACAUCCGAAUCCCUAACUUUCUCGCGUCUUCCCGCCGAAAUUCGUCUCAUGAUCUGGGAAGCCGCGCUACCCGACCCAAUCGGUAAACCAUUGUUCUUCUGGAGGAGGGCGCCGUGGCGGCCCGCAGCCGCGCGAAAUUCCAUGGGCGGGGACUAUGAUCUGAUACACCCGGAUGACAUGGGCCAUUUCAAGAUCGAGAUCCCGCUUCUCCAGGUGAACAAGGAGGCGGAACGGGUAGCCAAGGAGUGGAUCCAGCGACAGCUUCCUCCCCUGACCCGACUUCGAACGAACCAGACCGCCGCCAGCCGCCGAUUCAACGCCGGGAGAGACGUCGUGUUCUGCACCGACAACCAAUUCCCGGAUUUCGUGGCGGAAGUCGAGAACCUGUACCGCGUGAUGGGCUCACCCGAUGCACGCAAAUACAUCAAGAAAGAGAACCUGAUUCGUACGGUGGCACUGCCCCAGCAGAUCCUCGAGGACCACCCGGACAAGCUGCAGCAGAUAUUCCGCGGCGGAAUCCAAGCGUGGUGCCACGACCUGUACAUCAUUGUCGACGCACCCGCCGACUUACGGCAGAUUGAACCGGGCUCCGGGGAGCAAUGGGACUGGCAGGUGCCGCAACGGUGGGAGCUGGAGGUUCUGGAAGAUCUGCCUAGAGCCUGGUGGAUUGGCAACCGCAGCCGGGGCGGGAAGUGGCUCACCGGGUGUUUUGGGCGUCCGGGGUCUUGUCCCCGCCACCCUCGUCGCCGCCGCCGCCCCCACCGCAGCAGCAGCAGCAGCAGCGUGGAUGCCUACGAGCGCGCAGAGAAUCUGCUCGACCGGAUUGUGCGGAACGCCUUUCCACAAGACCAUUUCAAGGGGUGGCUCCGUUCCGUCGGUCUUGUGAUCUUUGAUAUCUACUUCGCCCGUGUAGUGAAGAAGUGA